AUGUCCGAGAAGCUUCAGGUCGCCGUGGCAGGUAUUGGGCGCAUGGGCAUGCGCCAUGCCCGUCACUUUGCGACGCUCACUCCCCGCGCUGAGCUAAUUGCAGUGUGCUCCCCCGUCCAGGCGGAGCUGGACGCCGCGCAAAAGGAGUUCGGGGUCCGCACCUACCGGGACUACGAGGAGAUGCUUCGACAUGAAAAGACACUGCAGGCCGUGGUCGUGGCUAGUGCGACGACCGUGCACGCCGAGCAGGCCAUCAAGGCCAUUGAGAAGGGACUGCACGUUCUGUGCGAGAAGCCGAUCAGCACCAGCCCGGAGAUUUCCCAAUCCGUGGUAACCGCUUACGAAAAAUCCAAAAAGAACCACCCCGCCCAAAAAGUAAUCUGCGGGUUCUCGCGCCGCUUCGACGCCUCGUACCGGGAUGCGUACCAACGCAUGGCCAACGGCGACAUCGGCACGCCAGCUGUGUUCCGGUCGCAGACCUGCGACAAGCUCGAUCCGAGCGGGUUCUUCGUGGCGUACGCCGAGUUCUCGGGCGGGAUCUUUGUGGACUGCUCGAUCCAUGACAUCGACCUGGCGCUGUGGUUCUUCGGCGAGGAGAGCAAGGUCAAGAGCGUCAGCGCGGUGGGGAUCACGGCCGUGCAACCGGAUCUGCGGAAGCAUAAUGAUCGGGACAAUGCGCUGGGGAUUAUUGAGUUCUAUGGAGGCAAAAUCGCCCAACUCUACUGCUCGCGCAUGAUGGCCGCCGGCCAAGAAGACUGCACCGAGGUGACAGGGACGGCAGGCAAGAUCGCCGUCAACACGCAGCCGCAGCUGAACCUAGUCAACCUGUACGAGCCGACGGGGAUCCGGCGUGAGAUCCCGGCCGACUACUACGGCCGGUUCCAGGCGGCGUUUGUCACGGAGGCGAACGAGUUCACAGCCUGCUGUCUCGACAACACGCGGCCGCCCAUGUCACUGGAUGGGGCGGUCAAGGCGGUCACGAUUGGGUGUGCGCUGCAGGAGUCGCUGAUUUCAGGGAAGAAGAUCGAGUUUGAUGAGAGUGGGCGCCGGGUGGAGCAAGCUAGGCUGUAG